ACACGAUUCAUCGGACGCCGAGGAAUACCCCACAAAGUGAUGUCCGACAAUGGAAAAACCUUUGUAGGAGCACAACGAAGUCUCAAGAGGGAAUUUUCCAUCUUUCUUGAGGAAGUCUCAGCGGAUAUUGCCAACAAAUAUGCCCUCCACGG